GGCUCAACUUCCUGGCCAAGUUGUAACCCAACUUCCUGGCCAAGUUUCAGCUCAAGUUCAAGCUCAAAUUCUUGGUCAAGUUCCAGGCCAAGUCUCAGGUCAAAUCUCAGGCCAAGUCUCGGGCCAAACCUCAGCCCAAACAUCAGGAGUUUCAUCUGCUCUGUACCCAGGCUACAGCCUAUCUAAUGCUCAAUUUCCAGCCUCAACAACUUAUCUAACGUACCCCUAUGGAUACCAGCUGGUUGCUGCUUAUUAUCCUCAGCAAUCGAGUGUGCAAUUUCAAACAUCUCCCGGUGCCUACACUAUAGCACAAACUGCAGCUCCAACUACGCCGGUUCUGGUUCAACCCCCAUCAACACCGGCUCAGUCCACCUCUACCUCAGCUCUGGCUAAAUUGACCCUAGCGGCGCCAGUGACCUCAACCAAAACCAAAACAAAAGCACCACCAGUUCCAAGUCCAGUCAUUGGUACAGAGGCAGCCUUCCAACUCCCCCCUGAUUCUUUGGUACGAUUCACCCAAUGGACCUCUGAGCAGCCACAUAUUCAACCCCCAAAGCGGUCAAAGGCCAAAAGACCCGAUUACGUGCAGAGAUUAGAAUUCAAUGAACUGCUUGAAAAGGCAAGCCACAUGCCUAAAGUGGCUAAAACUUUGGUUGGGUAUGUUCGUCAAUGGUUUUUGGGUAUGGAAGGUGUACCCAGUAUUGUUUCCAGAGAUCAGGUAUUUAAGGAUGCGUGGAGACAACAAACUGCAGCUGCUGAAACGUACUCGUCCAGAAGAAAGAUUGUGGAUUUUGUUGAGUCUCUCAGAAAAGAUACUGGUACCCUUUUCUAUGGCUGGGGCAGAUUUCAAUUGGCCAAAUUAAUUGAUAUUCAUUUUCUGAAAAAUGAUAUUCCUAUUACGGAUCUAGAGGAUAUAGGUAGCAAGGAAAAAAGAGACUUGAUCAGAAAGCUUUACAAAUUAAAAGCUGUUACACCCCAUGAGAUGUAUACUAAUUUCAGUUUCGAUUUGAAACUGGAGUUCAAGUGUAAAGAAACAUAAUGGUGCUAUCCACGGCAUUCCCAUCAAUUAAAACCGAGAUUUUAUAACCGAGGAUUUUGAUCCCCUCACACUCGAAUGUUUUGGGAAGCUUUUAUAUUUAUAGUCACCAAAUGCCAUGUAAUUGCUGUACUAUUUCUAAACUCCGUUGACCAACGUAUACAAACCAAACGGUGCACCUCUUGAAAUUUUGCGAAGUAAUAAUUCAUCACUCAUACUAUCACCAAAAUGGCCCCCCAACAAUCCCAUGAAUUAUAUGUCCACAAGAAUCCCGUCAAAGAGAUGGAUCUUGAUGUCGACUCUCCUAAUGCCACUUUCAAGAUCAGAUCCACCGAUUUACCCGCUUUGAAAGACGGUCAAGUGUUGGUCAAGAACUUAAUGUUCUCCAAUGACCCCAGUCAGAGGGCUUGGAUCCAGAAGGAUAUUCCCGCUGAAUCCAUGUACGUGGCACCUAUUAGACAAGGACAGGCCAUGCUGACGUUGGCAUUGUCUCAGGUGGUUGAGUCCAACAACAAGGGAUUUUCUGCUGGGGAUUUGGUUCGGUGUAGCACUUCCUGGUCCGACUAUGCCGUUGUCGACCAACAGUCAUUGUUUGACAAAAUCCCUGAAAACUCCGGUUUCUCGUUGGACUCGUACUUGGACAUCUUGGGAUUCACCAGUUUGACUGCCUGGUUUGGAGUCUACGAUGUGGCCCAGUUAAAGGCCUCGGAUGUUCUUGUGGUGUCAGGAGCUGCUGGUGCCACCGGAUCCGUGGUGGUACAAAUCGCCAAAAACAUCAUCGGGUGCAAGAAAGUGAUUGGAAUUGCCGGUGGCAAGGACAAAUGUGACUUUGUUAAGUCCAUUGGUGCCGAUGACUGUUUGGACUACAAGGCCCCCAAGCUCUUGGAAAAUAUGAAACAAGCUUUGGGAGACGACGAAUGUGACGUGUUUUUCGACGGAGUUGGAGGACGGAUCUUAGACAUGAUGUUGUUGUUGACCAAGCAGCACGGCCAGAUCAUUGCCUGUGGUUCUGUGGCCGGAUACAAUAACGCAUCGGCUUCUUCCGUCAAUGCAUGGGGAUUGAUCACCACCAGAAGAUUGACUGUCAAGGGCUUCAUCAUCUUGGACUACUUCGCCAAGUUUUCUGAGACCACCACCAAGUUGAUCGAGGCCGCCAAGGCUGGAAAGCUUCAAAACACGGCUGAGUCCAAGACGGUGGUGGACUUGAGUAGAGAUCCUGACUUUCUUAAGAGGGUGCCCAAAACAUACAACAUGUUGUUCAAUGGAGAAAAGAAGAACGGGAAGUUGAUCACCAAGAUCGCUGAACCCCAAUCCAUUGCCAAGUUGUAGGUAAAUAGUAUUUAUCCAUUGUCAAGUUGUAGGUAAAUAGUAUUUAGUUUUUGAAUUUGUGUUGUAUAAACUAGUCGCGGUGCGACUUGAU